UAGUAAGGUCGACCCCACCAUCCAAUCAGGUCCCGUAGCUCAGUCGGUUAGAGCGUGGUGCUAAUAACGCCAAGGUCGCGAGUUCGACCCUCGUCGGGACCAUGGCCUUCUUUUUUUGUUUUUGCACAUUCCGUCCUCUCUCUAUCUAGACAGUAUAAGGAAUUCCGGUUAUUUUUUCCUCCUCCCACAGACAGAAGUGCCCUGAAUGCAAUCCGACGGAGCCGGAACGGGGUACUCGGGAAAAUCUCGUAUUAUUGUUUUGUCUAGCUUCAAUGCAGGAGUGCGAAUGGCAUGAUGGAGUAGGUACACACUCAGGACGAGUCCAGGUGACACAACUUUGCGCCGCUCUACCAUACACCGCAGUCACCUUCGGAACUCCGUAUACCCAGACUUCUGGUGCUAGCAAUAGUGCACUGUCUGAUACGUAUAAAUACGGAGACUAUAUCGGAAAGGUGGGUUUUCAAAGCUAUAGACCGACCCCAAACGAGGUAGAUAUAAGCGUCGGGUUCAGCGAGAGCAGCUCAGAUGGGAGUAAGGGAAGGAAGCUCAUGAAAAUUCCUGAUUUUGACCAUCUGCUACGUAUGCGUGCAAAUAAACACCUAUUCUGAGAGUUUAACAUGCUAUUGUUCAGGACAAGGUCCUACUAAGCUUCAAGCUAGCCGGUUCCAGGAUUCUGGAUCUGGGGAGAACCAGUACCGCAAAUGUUCGAUGGAUCUUGCAGACAAAUACACAGUCACGUACGAGAUCGGAUAAGCUAAUGUGAAAGCACGCUAUUGAUUAUGAGAUUCUUUUAAACGUGGGUAAAAAUGCCAUGGUUCUGCA